AUGCUGCUGUAUGCGGCGUUCUUGUUGGGAAUAUGUUUAGAUUUGCUUGUUGACCCCCGAGCACGGUGGGUGGCGGCUGUCGCCCCCGGCUGCCGGCCGCCGCAUCUGGGAUGCAGCCCCUUGCAUGUUCUUGGCGGCCGAGGUAUUACCGGUACUGAUUUCAACAACCCCAAGUGCCUCCAAGUCAACAAAUCGCAAUGUUUUGUGGGUCCGGGUUGCCUCGGCAGAUCAACUGCGCCAACCGCAGUAGGGGCUCAUCGCAAGGGUAGCUCCAAAGGAGUCGCCGAUGGUGGGAGGAGGCAAUCCAAAAAGGGACAGCUCCCUCAAAAGGACCAAUUACUUAAUGCAGUUAGAAAUGAUCGGAGCUACGGUAACCGGGCAAAUGGCGAUGGUGUCGAUGGUUUUGGCCGACAUCGUUACCCAGAUGGCCACGAUCACGGCGGUGGCAGCUCCAACUACCGCGGCCAAGGCGGCCGCCACAAAUCGCACAGAAACGGCACAGAAGAUAACAUAUAUCGUAAAGGCAAGUAUGGGUCCACAAUCGGCAGUUACAUGUCCGAAAUGGAUCCCAAGGUGGAUCGUAGAAGCACCGAAGGGAGAGGACAAAAGGAAGUCGGGAUUGCAAAUGGGCGUUACGACACGCGUGCUGCAAAUACACGCAACAGUUACGGCGGGAAAGGUAAGGCGACUGGGAAAUUCGCGCCUGUGAGAUAUGAGGCUCCAGGACCCGGUAGAUGGAACCAGGCAGGCAGAAAAUCAGGCAGCUACGGAGAGGACCGGUGGUUGACAAAGGUGUAUGCGGACAACCGCGGCACCGUCAGUGGUUCCGAGGAGCCUUAUGACAAUGGUGACCACUUCAUGGAACCGCACGUAUACAAGAGCGCUAUGGGUAAGCAACCGCAUAGGGGCGCAAGAUACGGCAAUCGUGUUCCGCACGUCGGUGAAGGGCGUGCACGCCAUGACAGUGCCAACGCAAGAUUAACUGGACGUAAUUACGGCCAGCAAAGCCGUGCGAAAAACACACCUGCUGGCGAUUGGAGGUCGCCAGUGGACAUAAAUGCGGCGAUAUCGAAGUUCAACCGCCGCCUGGCACAGGAACACCAGCAGUUGUUGCGCGCCUCGACUGAACGCCUCAACCCGCUGCUGAGCCACGUCGCCCAUAGCAACCAAAAGAACCAGAAACUUCACCUCUCUGCCGAUGCGCAACACAAAAUCGCUGCUUUAGGCAAGAAGGCGAAGCGCAUGACGGAACGUGUUGAAUCAAAGCAGACCACAUCCCCUGGGCAAGCAGGUAAGAAAGGGGCGGAAAACGCCAUGAAAGUCGUUCGGUCACUGCCCUGUAACAAGAUUCAACAACCUGAUUCACCGCAACCUAUCAAAAGCAAGCCUCAUGUCGCUUCCAAGUCCAAACGGUCGGUUGCUGCUGACCAAGACAAUGAUAGCGCAGCAAAUAACCUCCACCACGGUGGUGAUGCAGACCGCAGCGACCCUCCCCAGCGCUUCAACACAUUGGACAUAAGCGCCAACGACUUCAACUCACUGCCCCUAGAUGUGCCGGGAAUACGGCUCAUGCAGUGCAACAAAGCCCCAUCAGCAGCCGUUGACAGUAGACAAACCAAGAACGGCUCUCCAAGGCGAAUCAGCUUGCAGGAGAAGGUCCAGCACAUUAAAGAAGUUGGGUUCGACGGCAUUGUUGACAUAAACUCGCUAUUUUCGGUCUCUAACCAGAUUUUCCACAGGGCCAAAAGCUCGUUCAACACGACCGGUGCCGACUUCUCCUCGUUGGGCAUUAGCAACGCGGGCCUCAUAAAAGCGUUGGCCCAGAAGGGUAUAACGAAAGCCACAUCCACGCAGAGCAAGUAUAUCCCGGCUAUAUCGUCGUUCCUGUCUAACAACGAAGGUGAGUAUGAACCGCUUCGCUGCAUGUCCGUCCAUGCGCCCACUGGUUCUGGGAAGACGUUGGCGUAUUUGUUGCCACUGUUUCAGCGCGUUCUGCAUUUCGGGACAACCCUUCCAGCGCCGUCACCCGACGCUGUCGUUAACGUGGACGACGUGAUACGUUCCUUGGGUUCCUUGUUCGCUGAGAACAUCCUUGUGCUCACCCCAUCUGUGGAGCUAUCGGUGCAGAGCCACCUGGUUUGUAAGGAACUGUACAAGGCUUAUGAGCACAACUCCAGCGCCGGUACCGUAAUAAAUUCAGCCGCGCCGAAGAAAGCAGUCACGGCGCCUAUUUCACGAAGCCCGUUCAGUGCAAUCGGCGCCAAGAUCCUCGGCAAAAUCGCUGGGGUAAAAGCAGGCCACCUCAACCUUGAACACGCCGCAGGCUCCGGCGACAAAAUCGCAGGUGACGAUACGACGAAUGCCGUCGACGGUGGCGCCACGGAGGCUUCAACUGGCAGCAGUGGGCCGAGGUUCAUCCUGGAUGCGGAGAUACGGCCAAUCCUGCUGAUCGGCAACGCCAACGUCGCCAACCAGAAACGUGCGCUGAAGGAGCUGCGCAGCAAGCAGCAGGCUCUGCGUAGUGAGGCUAUUGCUGCCUUAAGGGCAUUGUACAGUUCAGGUGCAUCGGCUACCGCAAUGGACCCGUCGGAACCGAUAAGGCUACGCCGUUUGGUCGGGGUAAUGUUCGCCACUCCGGGUCGCGCACAUUCUCUGAUGAAACAGCACAAAUCGCUCGACGUGCAAGGCACCAAGUACUGCGUCCUCGACGAGUACGACGGCUUCCUGCAUGUCAAGCGGCCACCCGGCUCAGGGUCAGCAGCGCCACCGACCGAAAUCGAGAACCCGGAUGUCAAGGCGGUAAUAGACGCGAUUCUAUCCGGCCGAGCGGGAAAGAAGCCAGCUGCUGAAGGCGCUCCCGUAAACGACCGCACUGGCAAGUAUGUGCUAUGCCUCUCGGCCUCCAGGCUGAAGGAUCCGCCGUCGUGCUUCGGCAAGCUUUCUACCGUGACUACGCAAAAUAUGGCUGGAGACGCUGCACAUUCGGGGUUACAAACGUUAGACGACGGCGACGCGGACGACACUAGGGCUGACCUAGUAGACGCCGAUGCGCAGGCCGAAGCGACGCCGCCUCGAAACAUCCUGCACACUAUGGCGCUCUACAGCGUCGCCGACGCUAAAUUGGCCCUUUUACGCAAGCUGCUGCAGGCGCAUCCCUAUGACAAGUCGGCGCUGGUGUUCUGCGACUCCAAUGGGACGGCCCAGUUUUUGGAAUCCUACUUACGGCGGAAGUUCCUGGCGGCGGACGUCACGGUGUUGAACUGUCGUCAGGGGAAGCUCGCGCGGAAGCUUUCAUUUCAGAGUGUUCUCCAAUCCAACGCAGCCGGCGCCGUGGGAGCAGCGGGGAAACGCCGGAGGGGUGGCGGCACGCCUCUGCGUAGCGUGGUGAUAUCGAACCAGCUGAAUUCGCGCGGGAUCGACUUCAGCGGGUUCAGCCACGUGAUCCACUACGACCUGCCGCAUGGUCGGUCCAUAUGCUUCACAUCUCAUGACCUCGCAGACGUGACGUCGUAUAUGCACCGCAGCGGUCGCAUCGGCAGAGCUGGCAACCCCGGCAUAAGCAUAUCGCUCGUGGAGUCGCGGCACCUUCCCGUGUUCCGCCGCGUGAUCUGCAACCGCCUGGGCGCCGCUGUGCACAACGUGGAGGUGUUCAAGGGCCACUUGUCGCCUGCGGUACCCGGAACUAUGGACGUGUUUCCGAGCGGCGCCUCCUUCUUCCGUAGUGCCAGCUACUGGAAACGCUUCUACAGCAACCCGAAUCUGAAGGACUUCGACUGGUAUGGCACUCUGGACGACUUCCUGUCCAGCUUCAACCGCAGCCUGUCGAGCAAGGUGCCCUUCGACAACGCCGCCGGUUUCACACACAAGCCCGCGGAAUGCGUCGUCAUCAACGUGGGAUGCGGCAACUCGGUGCUGCCGUUCAAGCUCCACGAGCUGGGCUACCGCUCGAUCUACAACCUCGACUUCUGCGCCGCCGUGCUGGACGAGAUGCGUCUGAAGGACCAGGCGCUGGCGAUGCACUGGCUCGAGAUCGACGUCUCGAGCGACUCUUACACCGUGUUCGGCCGCGACAUCAGCGGCGUGUACGCGGGGCAUCAGAAGGUGAUCAUCGACAAGGCGUUCCUGGACGCCUACAUUUCCGUCGGCGAGGGUGAAUCCCUGUCGGUUGCGCGUGACCGUGCGAAGGGCUACAUAAACGCGACGCUCUCGUUCAUGGACGCGGACGACGUGUUUUUGAUCUUCUCGCUCGCGCAGGACUACGUGGUCUCGGAGCUGAUGCGCAACCUGCUGCUGAAGGACGUCUACAUUGACGUCUACCCGCUGUACGGCGCCGAACCCACCAAGGCGCACAUGAUCCAGUUCCUGUUCGCCAUCUACAAGCGCGCGCCGGGCGGCGCCAGUGCGCGCAAGCAGUGCAUGAUGGCCGAGGUCCCCCACAUGCCGAUGGAACACUUCGAGCUCAGCCAGCUGAUGAAGCGCAUACGCAACGUGAAGGGCGCCCUGUUCCUAGGCUCCAACGUGCAGGACUACAAGGCCGGGCGGCGGCUGACCUUCGACAUCUACCCCAAGGACAUGAACAACGAGGUGUGCUUCACGGCGGCCGUCUACGACUGCGUGGAUUGCGCGGGCGCCUCGCUGCCCUCCGCCGCCAUCAUCGUGCCGUCGGGCCAGGAGCACUUCUGGCAGUACGCGACCUCCGAGGGCAACGAGGAGCUCGCCUGCCAGGCGGGCGCCCGGCGCGUGAUCGUGCUGUGGCUGAAGUUCAGCAGCAACUCCAGCAAAGCCGCGGUCACCGCAAAGGGCUUCGUGAACCCCUUCGACGCCUGCUUCGGCGACGACGUGCUGAUGCAGUACAUCCAGGACAACAUGAGCGACAUACUGCUGAAGCUGUCGCUGCGUGGGACCGAACGCGUCACCAUCCUCAAGGCCGGCGAGUCGUGCGCCGUCCGCGCGCCCCGCCGCCUGGCCUCGUCGCUGUAUGCGGGCGACAUCGUGGUUCACGAGAUAAUGGCCCAUGAUGAGCCGAACGACCGGGACAAACGUGAGGUGCUCACCCGCCAGAUGGUCUUUUCGUGCGGACCGCAGACCGUCCAGUCGGAGAUUAAGUACUACGUGGAUGAUGCGGGCGUCGAACACUUCUUCGACGACAGCGCCCCUAGCGAGUACAUCGCCGCCAUGCUGCUCGCCAUGGCGUUCCUCCCCGGCGGCGACGGCGUCAUAUCGGUGUUGGGCGGCGGGUCCGGCACCCUGCCCCGGCUGCUGCGGCGCACGUGCGGCGGCCGCAAGCUCCACUCGGUGGAAGUGGAUGACACUGUGGUCGAAAUCGCGCGGUCACACUUCGGCUACAAGCCCGACGCCGUGGCCAGCAUCUCCAAGCACCGGCUGGUGCCGCCGCCCAGUGAGGAUGUGGGCCUGCUCCACGUCUCCGGCGACGCCUUCGACUACGUCGACGCUGCGACCGCUGGAAACGUGGACGUCGCGUGCUUCGUCGUCGACAUCAACAACGUGCUGGAUGAGGCCGCGGACGGCGAGGCCUCUGUGGACCUGCUGGGGAAGAGCACGCUGAUGUCGCCGCAUCCCAAGUUCCUGGAUGCGCAGUGGUUAGCCUCGGUAGCCGACGUUCUCGCGCCAGUUAACGGGCUGCUCGUGGUCAACGUGCUCACGCGCUCCCCCAGCGUCCUGGACAGCGUGCUCUGCCGGCUGUCGGACGCCUUUGCAUGGGUCGGCACCCUGCAUAUGCCGUCGGACACUAACACCGUGGCAAUCUGCAUGACACGCGCGCCAAAGGACGCCACCACGGUGUUCGGCAGCUACGUGAGUUCCACAUACGCCCCUCUCACAUCGCGCUCAGGUGGUUCGCCUGUCGGAUGA